GCUCAGUAGAGAAGACCAUGACCAUCUCAAUGCCUAAUCAGACUGCUGUCACUGAGUUUAUCCUCCUCGGUUUCCCAGGGCUACAGCCCAAUUUCUUUCUUCCAGUCUCACUUACACUGUUUCUUGCCUACAUUGUUUCACUGAUUGCAAAUAGCACCGUCAUCAUAUUAAUUAUCCUGAGAGAACAACUCCACCAGCCCAUGUAUAUUAUUAUUGCCAACCUCGCUCUCUCCGACCUUCUCUUUGACACCAUAACAUUACCUAAAAUCAUUGCCAAAUAUUGGUUCGGAGCCGGAUCCAUAUCCUUCAACUGGUGCUUCUUCCAGAUUUUCUGUGUUCACAACCUUGGAAGCCUCGACUCCCUCAUCAUUAUGCUGAUGGCUAUUGACCGUUAUGUUGCUAUCUGCCAACCUCUCAGGUAUCACUCCAUUAUCAGCAAUAAGCUGGCGACUCUCCUCUGCUACUUGUGCUGGUUCUGUGCUGCCCUGAUUGGAUUGGCUAUAAGUAUAAAUGCCGGGCAACUUCCUUACUGUGGACCGAACCGUGUCAAGAACUGUUUCUGUUCCAACGCAGUGCUAAUAGUCUUGGCUUGUGUUGAUGUUCCCUUGGAAAGAAGAAAAGGCUUUAUUAUCGCUAUUUGUGUGCACCUCUUCCCAUUGGCUGUUAUUAUACUCUCAUAUAUUCUCAUAAUCAGGGUUGUGCACUUAUCCGCCAACAAUGGGAACUGGCAGAAGGCAUUUUAUACCUGUACCACUCAUUUAAUUGUCAUUGGCCUGUACUUUAUCCCCAGGUUGUUUUUAUAUAUUAUAAGUCAGGCCCCAUUGACUCUCGAUGCUGAUACAAACGUCUUAAUUAUAUCUGUCUUCACAUUUAUCCCCCAUUUUGCCAGCCCCAUUACUUUUUGUCUUAGAACCAAAGAAAUUAGAAAUAUUUUGGGGCAAAUGUUUAAUAACUUUGGCCCUAGAUUUGAGCACGGAUGUAGAACCCCCUUAAAGAAACAUUGUACUAGUGCUAUUUUUCAGGCUCAGUAA